AUGCUGAAAAUCUUCAAGCGACACGUCUCUAAGGAGCAUAAAGGGGACGGCGGCCCGUCGGUGGCGUCUCCAACGGUCACCUCUCCGUCCAUCUCUUCGCCCUCUGUGUCGUCCGAGAGCCUGACCUUCAACAGCCUCAAAAGCGAAACGCACGUGACGGGGUCCGACUCCGCAGCGCAUUUGCCGCUCAAUCUGCCCGCUUGCGAAUGGGUUCUCCCCCACUUUGGAUCGUCUGCUAGUGCGUCGGACAAUUCGUCCUUCAGCUGGUCGCCCCAAAGCUCGCCUGUACAGCAGUCCCCCUCUGCAGUGCAGGACAAUGGCUUUGCAGGAGGUACAGCGCAACCUAAAAAUAGGUCGUGGUCCCCAAACCUUAUUUCGCAAGAGGAAAGGGAAAAGCACAAGCACAACCAGAUGCAUUUGACACCACUUACCACCUCCACACCAUCACCACACCACCCAGCACACCUGGGAAAUUAUCCCGCACGACGACAGUCUCUCGAUCCGACAAAGCUGACCAAGACCUCAAAGGCCUCAAAGACCCUGACCCGCGAAAACAUGGACCCCCACGAGCUCGAGGACUCCUUUGGAGACCACAGUGACGACUCCAUUCAGCCCAGCCCACAAAUCCAGCAGUCCGGCUUCAACACAAACUCCGCGGCGUCGUCGUACACCAUGCCCACGGAACACACAUCGCCCGAGCCGCCUCUGCAAAAGGCUGGCUCCUCCCCUCCUGCCGAGCAGAUUCUCGGUAAGGCUGCAUCCAAAAAGGACACGUUCAAAAAGUUCUUCAAGGGCCCCUACGACUCUCUGUCAGGAGAGCAGACCGAGGGCACGCUCAAGUACAACAAGCAGGGUGAGGACGAGGAGUACACCGAGGCGCUGACGCGGGAGCUUCACGACGACGGCUACGACUACCAGUACAACUACGGCGACCCCUACGGCGAGUCUGAGGAUCCAUACCGAAACGACUCCGUGUCCUCUUUCCAGUUUGGAGACGACAGUUUGAACACAAGCACGGACGCAACAACAGCACAGCAGCACCCACAGACACAGAGCCAGACUCCACACGACCAGUCGGACGCUCCCCACACAAUCCGAGCCACCAACAGACGCUCCGUGACGGGCGGAGGUGUUGCGACUGUGGUGCCGUCCACCGAGGACAUUACGCGCGGCAUGGCCAAGAACGGCAAAUACCAGCAGCGCCUGGAGGAUGACGCUGCCAUUCGGCAGCAGGAGUACGAAGACACCUUCCGUGUCACUGCCCAGGACGACCGAACGUCUUCUGCGUGGGCUGGAGAAGACGCCGCACACAGACCGCUGACGAACCCUCUGUCUCCUGGCCGCACCACUCCCGGUCAGUCCACUCCAGGGUAUCUCCUUUCGCCUGGCCAGGUUACCAACGUCAUGUCGCCAGACAAGUCUCCCAACAAGUUCGCCAAUCCUCCUCCCAACGCCUACAAGCUCAACCUUAGUGGUGUCUCUGAUCUAGAGGCGUACAACCAAAAGCUUGCGCAAGAGCUCGACUUUGACAAGUACUGCAAGAAGGACGCCAGUCCACGUGGCCCCGGACCAGCCGCCACGCCUCCUGCAGGUCGGGUGGUGACUAAGGCGCAGUACGAAAACUACCGACGUGCGUCCGUGGAUCUGAAUGCCAUGAACACAGACGGACCUGGCUCCGGUGGCGAGAACGGCGACAACUCGGACGACGACUACGCGUACGACGACGACGAGAAGCUGGAGAAUGCUAAGAUGCGGGCCAAGCAACAGGCCCACCUUGCUGUGUACCGACAGAAGAUGAUGAAGGUGACGGGAGCUUCAUCCACGCCGGCCUUCAAGACUCCUCCCAUGUCCGGAGGCCACAGUUUUGGCGGCUCUGACUCCGAGGAUGACCUCGACGACGUGCCUCUGGGAAUCCUGCAGGCCCACGGCUUCCCGCGCGACUCUCAGCGACUCAAAACCAUGUCGUCAGACACCAAUCUGUCUUCACACAUUGAGCUGGCGGCGUCGCCCAUGAUGUACUCCAAGAGCGCAUCCACGUCGCCCAUGUUCAAGCCUCGGGACUCGGACACUAUGUCUGUCAACUCGGCGUCUUCCCGUAACAUGCCCUUUGGCCGAUCGCGCCUCAGCGGCGUGCCCCAUCCUCUGCUGUCCGGACCCCAGCCCAACCGGGGUCUGGUGGCCGAAAUUGCGCGUGAGGAGAAGGAGAAGAUCAAGAGAAAGAGUGGCAUGCCCUCUGCCAUGUCUAUGGGUGGCAUGCGGGGCUACGCUGGUUCGUUGAACGAUAGUAGUAGUAUCUACGAAGCCCCUCCUCCUGGCGGUCUGCAGGCCCAGAUGGCCCAGCUCAUGCAGAUGCAAAUGCAGAUGCAAAUGACCUUGCAGCAGCAGAUGCAGGGCGGUGGAGUACCUGGCGGAUUCCCUGGCGGAGGGCUUGCUGGCCCUCCCUCUUCGGCUGGAGCUACCACUGCUCCCCCCUCGAUCCAUGGGCUCAAGCACAGAUGGAGCACUAACGAUUUGUCAACACCCAAUCCUCGGUUUGCUAGCGACAACACCUCCAUUGCCUCUGGAGGCUCCGGCAUGAGUAACCGAAGCCGGUACAGACCUGGUUUCAACGUGCGGGCCUUCAACCGGUCGGCCACCGUACCUGAGUUGGGUCAGCAACAGCGACGCGUCAUGUCGCAGACCCACAUGCCCGUGUACACGGAGGAUGACGAUGACGACGACGACGACGAUGGAUGGAAGGAGAUGGCCGAGCAGCGACGGGUGCUGCGAGACCAGUGGAGAGAGCGAGGUGCUGUUGCGAUUUAG